AUGGCACCGAAUGAAGUCUCAGUCACACACCCAGAUGGGGUCAAGCAUUUGUUGUUGCAAGCCCUGCCUAAGGGUUCCUUCUACGGGAUUGGUGCGAUUCCGGAUUGGCGAUUUCAAACCCCAAUAUCAGCCCGCGACCCAAAGGAAAAGAUGGAAAGGUCGAAAGCCUUCGCGUCUGGAUACGCCCUUUCGAACGUGGUCAAGUAUGAGGAAGCUCUCAGCCGUGUCGUCAGCAAGCUCUUCGGCUGGAUGGAUAGGUUCUCCGGGUCAGGCAAGCCCAUGGAUCUGGACCAAUUUUUCACUUUCACGACAUUUGAUGUCGUUGGUGAAGUGCUGUUCAGCAAGGAGUUCGGCUUCAUCGAGAAAGGCGAGGAUAUUGGCAACAGCAUAAGCAACAAUGCCGCUCUUCAGGGAAUCGGCACUCCGGUCUCACAGUUCCGCUGGCUACAGCUCGUGCUGGGCAACCCACUGGUGACAAUCCUCGGCUUGUCACCAGGGUCCAUGUUGUUCAGGCACGCCCUCGAGACUCUGCUCGAAAGACAAAAGAACCCAGACGCCAGAUUUGACGUCGUGGCACACUGGUUUAAAUACCUGAACCAGCAUCCCGACCGGACGAGCUUCCGCAACAUCGAGGCCCAGACGACCAUGAACGUUGGGGCUGGCAGCGAUACUGUUUCGUGUGGCUUGCAGAGUACAAUUUACCACAUGAUCCGUCACCCCGAGACUUGGAAGGCAGCUCGAGCUGAGAUACUCGAGGCACAGGCAAAGGGGCUUUGUUUGGAAAAGGUCGUCUCUUACGCUGAUGCACAGCAACUUGGUUAUCUUCAGGCAUGCAUCAAAGAAGGCCUGCGAGUCCAUAGUCCAGUCCCCAUGGGUUUGCCGAGGGUUGCCCCCAAAGGUGGCAUUGAGGUCGGGGGUCGUUAUUUCCCAGAGGGCACAACGCUAUCCAUAAAUCCUUGGGUAUUUCAUCGCAACAAAGCAAUCUGGGGAGCAGAUGCCAAUGAGUUCAGGCCUGAGCGAUGGUUAAGCCCUGAUGCUGCGCGUCUAGAGAAGUUCUUCAUCCCGGUGGGUCCUUCGUCAGGCAUUCCUUGUGUGGCCCUGGCACUUUCUAAUUUGUGUAACUCAUCAGUUCGGAGCUGGCUAUAUGUCCUGUCCAGGACAGCACAUUGCUCGUAUGGAAUUACUCAAGAUCUGCUCCACCGUAAGUGA